AUGCCGCCCACCCUGGCCACCACUCCUAUCACAGCUUACACCACCUAUAUAGAUGGCACCGUUGGUCGGUGCACCGAUGGUGAAUACGGCAACGCUAAUGUCAACGACAUUCCGACAUGUACUGGUUCCGCCUCGGUCUUCUCUACCAAUGCUGCAGUCGCGUCCGCAUAUUCUUCUUCUGCAGCUGCCGUUCAGGCUUCUCGAAAGGCAGAGAGCGGAGACUGCACCAUUAUCCAUUCUGAGAACCUCUUCGGGGACUCAAUAGAGUCGACAUUCUACCUAUACAACCUUGGCACUUGGGCUGACGAGGAUACGGUUUACAAGCAACAGGACGGCUGUGGUGCACUUGAUGCCUGGGUCUGGGAAAAGGCAGAUGAUGGUACUUACCAAGCUGGAUUCGAUCUCUCUGGCUUCAAGGGUGGUUGUAUCGAAGCAGCCAUUGUAUCAGCUGGUGGACCCAAGAUCACAUGCAACGACCUGCCUGGCAAGAACGAGAAUCUGAGCAAGGAUGAUGAAGCCAUGUACAAGAAGGUGGAGAAGGCGAGAAAGCCUUGGGGUAGACGAUAG